UCUCUUUGAUCUCGUAUGGUGCUGCUAGCUCGUGUGCCUUACGGAAGACGUAACACAUCUUGGGGGGUUCCGACCUCCAUGUAACAUGUGUGAACCGGGGAGACACGCCACAUAACGCGGAGGAGCGGUGUGAGAGAGAGAGGGGGGUAAAGUUGGAGAGAAACAGUGCGGGCUGCCAUGGGAGAAGUCCGGGAGGCUGCCAAGUCUAACCCGGCAGCGACGGCGAGCUUUUUGUCCAAGAUCUUUUUCUGGUGGCUCAAUCCUUUGUUCAGCACUGGCUCCAAACGUAGACUGGAGGAAGAUGACAUGUUUGAAGUGCUCACGGAGGACCGGUCGGAGAACCUGGGGCAGGAUCUGCAAAGACACUGGGAUCAUGAAGUCCAGAGGGCGACAAAAGAGCUACGGAAACCCAGGCUGUCCAAAGCCAUCAUCAAGUGCUACUGGAAAUCCUAUUCAGUGCUGGGGUUCUUUACACUCGUUGAAGAGGUGAUCAAAAUCAUCCAGCCGGUCGUCUUGGGGAAGAUGGUCGAGUAUUUCGAAAGCAACGACCCGAACAACACCCAAGCUCUGUACGACGCGUACGGCUACGCGGCCGGCAUGUCCAUCUGCACCAUCGGCCUGGCGCUGCUGCACCACCUCUACUUCUACCACGUCCAGAGAGCAGGCAUGAAGAUCAGAGUGGCCAUGUGUCACAUGAUCUUCAAGAAGGCUCUGUGUCUCAGCCACUCAGCGAUGGGAAAGACCACCACAGGCCAAAUCGUCAACCUCCUGUCCAAUGACGUCAACAAGUUUGAUGAAGUGACUAUCUUCCUGCACUUCCUGUGGGUGGGGCCUCUCCAGGCGGCGGUGGUCGUGGGGCUGCUGUGGGUGGAGAUCGGUGCGUCUUGCCUGGCGGGCAUGGUUGUCCUCAUGUUCCUGAUGCCCAUGCAGACCAUGUUUGGAAGGCUGUUUUCUAAGUUUAGGAGUAAGACGGCCGCUCUGACAGACAGCCGAAUCCGCACAAUGAACGAGGUGGUGUCCGGCAUUAGGAUCAUCAAGAUGUACGCCUGGGAGAAACCCUUCUCCGCUCUGGUGACGGAGGUCAGAAGGAAGGAGAUCUCCAAGAUCAUGAAGAGCUCCUACCUGCGUGGCCUCAACAUGGCCUCCUUCUUCUGCGCCAGCAAGAUCAUCGUCUUCGUCACCUUCACGCUCUACGUUCUCCUUGGGAACACCAUCUCGGCCAGCCGCGUGUUUGUGACCGUGUCGCUGUACACGGCCGUGCGCCUCACCGUCACGCUCUUCUUCCCCAGCGCCAUCGAGAAGCUGUUUGAGUGCCGCGUUAGCAUCCGCAGGAUUCAGGAGUUCCUGGAGCUGGAUGAGGUCUCCAAAGUCAGAGCGGCACUGCCACAGGAAGAGAAGAAAGACGCCUCAGUGGAGAUCCAGGACCUGACCUGCUACUGGGAUAAGUCUAUGGAUGCUCCGUCUCUGCAGAACAUCUCCCUGUCUCUGAACUCAAAUCAGCUGGUAGCCGUGAUUGGACCAGUUGGAGCUGGAAAGUCAUCCCUGCUGAGCUCCAUCCUUGGAGAGCUGCCAGAUGAAAAAGGUGUGCUUAAGGUCAGAGGUCAGCUCACCUACGCCGCCCAGCAGCCUUGGGUGUUUCCUGGAACCAUCCGCAGUAACAUCCUGUUUGGGAAAGAGCUCAACCAACAGAAGUACGAGCGAGUCAUCCGAGCCUGCGCGCUGAAGAGGGGAAGCCGGGCUCUUGUUGAACAGCCGCAGGUGGAGAGGAGUAGGAUUGAGGAAGAUGGAGACAACACAAUACAAAUUGCAUCUCUGUUUAAUCAAGAGAGCAUCUCUGCUCUUCCAUCACUUGUCCUGUGGAUUCACGUUGGCGCCUCCUAA